CAUGGACCGGUUGGUUUGCUUCUCUCUCCUGCUCAGCUACCUUCCAGUAACCGAGAACAUGCAACAAGAUGAGAGCUGCUUAUCGCAGCCAAACAGAGUGAUGUGGCGGCAAAGCGGAGAAAGUGCUAUUCUCAAGUGUUCCAUCAAUUCAGAUUGUUCAGCCAAAGGCCUGCAUUAUGAGUGGUUUGCCUUUAGGGAAAACAUCCAUCAUCGUCUCCACGCGCAGCACAAAUCUCUGAAAUACAGUCUGGACGGAGCGUCUUUAAACAUUAAGUCACUUCACAUUAAUGACAGCGGGAUCUACCACUGUGCUGCAGUAUCGCGUGGAGACCCUGCACCCGGCGCCCAACAUGUAGGGUUGGGUACAACUCUAGUUGUGAAGGGACAAAUUGAAAGACUGGUGAGGCACAUUCUGUGGGUAUCAUGUGCCCUCUUGGCCAUCUACAGCUUGGCAAUAGUGAUACUAAUGAUAAAGAAGUAUGGCUGCAAUAUGAGCGUCUCCGGAAGUGUGCUCAAAACUAACAAGAAAGCCUCAGAGAAAAGAGCACAGUUUCGUGAUGUGCUGCAAGAAAUGUACAGCAAAAGGAACUUGGGCAAUGGCAAAAAAACUACGAGCAAAAACCGUUCUCAAGACGAGGCUGCAAGCACAGAGUUGAAGAACUCAACCAAUGACAUCUAUCAAAAUGUCUGAGUGUCAUAAAAGGACAUUUAAUGACAGUCUCAGACCUCCAUCAUCAAGACUGAGAGGACAUUAUAAUGCCAUAAAACGCCCGAGAGAGGACGCCAUUAUGUGACAGAGAAACAAUGACGGACAGACGGCUCCCUCUUAAGGCAUUAGUUGUUUCAUUUAUGUUCUGUUGAUUGUAAUGUGGGAGCACUUUCAACCUUUGUUAAAAACCGGGACAGUGUUUACAUGAGAAAAGAAAUAAAGAAAAUCCAGUUUAAGAAAAUCA